CAUGGGAGAGUGGACCAUAUUGGAGCGUCUCUUGGAGGCGGCAGUGCAGCAGCACUCGACGAUGAUCGGAAGGAUCCUGCUGACCGUGGUGGUGAUUUUUCGCAUUCUGAUCGUGGCAAUAGUUGGAGAGACAGUGUACAACGACGAGCAGUCCAUGUUUGUAUGUAACACCUUACAGCCAGGCUGUAACCAGGCUUGUUACGACAAAGCCUUCCCCAUCUCUCACAUCAGGUACUGGGUGUUCCAGAUCAUUAUGGUCUGCUGCCCCAGCCUUUGCUUUAUCACCUACUCUGUCCACCAGUCUGCCAAGCAGAAGGAGCGACGCUACUCCACAGUUUACCUCUCACUGGACAAGGAGCAGGACACGAAAAGAGACGACAGCAAGAAGAUCAAGAACGCGAUUGUUAAUGGCGUGCUACAGAACACAGAGAACACCAGCAAGGAGGCAGAACCUGAUUGCCUUGAGGUCAAGGACGCCCCCAGUUCAGUCAUGCGUACGACUAAGUCCAAAAUGAGAAGACAGGAAGGCAUAUCCAGGUUCUACAUCAUUCAGGUGGUGUUCAGAAACGCACUGGAGAUCGGAUUUCUUGUGGGUCAAUAUUUCCUUUAUGGAUUCAACGUCCCUGCCGUGUAUGAGUGCGAUCGAUACCCUUGCAUCAAAGACGUCGAGUGUUAUGUUUCCAGGCCAACCGAGAAGACGGUGUUUUUGGUCUUCAUGUUUGCAGUCAGUGGCAUUUGUGUGGUGCUCAACUUAGCAGAGCUCAACCAUCUCGGGUGGCGGAAGAUCAAAGCUGCCGUUAGAGGAGUGCGAGCCAGGAGGAAGUCUAUUUAUGAAAUCCGCAACAAAGACUUGCCAAGGAUGAGUAUGCCCAAUUUUGGACGCACUCAAUCCAGUGACUCUGCAUAUGUAUAAAUAUGUGUAACACAGAAAAAAAAAAAAA